UUAAAAAUGAAAAUGGUAUGUUCUACAAUUUUUGCAGCUUUAAUCGUCAUUAUAAUGACUAACCAAGCUGAUUCUUACCUAAAUUGUACCAAAGAAAAUGAGGAACAAAUAUGUGAACACUGCUGUGGCGAACCAACAUGUGAAAAUAAAGCACCCAAAUGUAGUGGUUGUACACUUGAAUGUAAUGCGUAUUGUGGGUGUAAGAUAGGAUACUUUAGAGAUACAACAAGUGGAGAAUGUGUUAAUGAUUGUUAAUGGGUAAACUGAACGUUCCAUAUAA